CUGCUACUCCGUCUACUCACCAUCGCCACCGCGACAUCCGUGCCCACUCUCUUCUCUCUUUGUGCCAGCUCAGCUGUUGGACAGCGCGGUGACACCGACCGCCAAGGACCGCACCAGCAGCCUACCACCGUCCAGGAUGUCUCGUUUCGUCAGGGCAUCCAAGUAUCGUCACGUCUUUGGCCAGCAGGGCAAGAAGGAGUAUGGCAUUGACAAUGUCAAAGUGACCAACAGUGCCUGGGACACCAACCUCAUCGCCGCGUCGUCCCGCUACAUCAGCGUAAACUGGAACGCGUCGGGUGGAGGCGCGUUCGCCAUCCUCCCCCUCCCCUCUCCCUUCGAGCCCCUCCCGCUGGCUUCCCGACCAAGCUCCCCGACCUCGUUCCCCUCGCGCGCUCGCACUCGCCCUGUUCUCGACACCGACUGGUCGCCUUUCAACGAUGCCAUGGUUGCAUCUGCCGGCGAUGACGGUCUCUUCCACCCGACUGCGAACAACGUCCUCGCAAGCACGACCGGCGAUCACGUCCCCAAGGCUGUACUCGGCGGUCAUGGCGACGCGAUUCAGAGCUUGGCCUUCAACCCGAGCGGAACCUCCUCACAUUCUGCACGUGUUGUCUGGAUGGGCGAGCGAGAUAACAUCGCUACGACUGGCUUCAGCAAGAUGAGUGACCGACAAGUCGCCAUCUGGGAGACGGGUGGACUGGGCAACGUCAAGACGACGCGGCUCGACCAAGCGUCGGGCACUCUCAUGCCGUUCUGGUCAGACAACAACAUCCUUUCCUUGCCGCCGUUGACGCCGUUCGCCAGAGAUGGAAACAUCCGUACUACGAAUAGAGUCCGACUGCUGUACGAGCUCGCAGAGUACAAGUCCUCCGACCCGCAGCGCGGCAUGUGCUUCCUGCCGCGGCGCGCCCUCAACAUCUCCGAAUGCGAGAUCGCGCGUGCCUACAAGCUCACCGCCUCCUCAAUAGAGCCCAUCGCCUUCAUCGUCCCCCGAAAGUCCGACUCCUUCCAGUCUGACAUCUACCCGCUCGCGCCGUCCUCCGAGCCCGCGCUCACCGCGGGCGAGUUCUUCAACGGCAAGACCGUCCCGCCGAACCUCGUCAGCCUCGACACGGGCGCGAUCUCCGCGGGCGCGCCGCCCUCCGCCGUGCCCACGCCCGCACCCUCCACACCCGCAAUGACGAGGAGCACCAGUGCGCCGAAUCCCGCGCCUGCGUCCGUGCCGAGCAUCGCGGUGGACACGACGCCCUCGCCGGUGAGCGCGGCCGUGAGGAAACCGGAGCCGAGCCCUGUGGCUGCGACGCCGUUUGAGUCAAGGACGCCCCUGCGGUCGCAGUCGGGAGACGAAUCGCCGCUGAAGGAGGAGAACGCGCGCCUGACGGCGGAGCUGCGCGAGGCGCGGGCGCAGAUCCGGAAUCUGGAGCUGCAGGUGGAGAGCAUCAAGGCGAACGCGCGCAAGGCGGCUGCGCUGCUGGACAGCUGAGCGCGCGAGAUGGGAGAGAUGGGAAGUGCUGGUUGGAAGGAUGGAUGGAGGACUAAAAGCAGAUCGGGGGUGCGUAGUGCGCAUGGUGUGCUUUGGGUUGUACAAGAGUGCGAGCAAUUCCUAUUUCCUUUGCAAUGGUUUGGUGGGUAGUCUGCAGGGGCUGAGAGCUCUAGACGGUCCUUGGAGUGCUGCCUUGAUACUC